AUGGCCAUGAUCCUGGGUUAUUGGGAUAUCCAUGGGGUGAGCAUGCUGGCUCACGCCAUCCGCCUGCUCCUGGAAUGCACGGACACCAGCUACGAGGAAAAGCUAUACUCCAUGGGGGACGGUUUUGUUUCACUUGGUCUUCUCCACAGCCCCGACCAUGACCAAAGCCAGUGGCUGAGUGAGAAAUUCAAGCUGGGCCUGGACUUCCCCAACCUGCCAUACUUGAUUCAUGGGACUCACAAGCUCACCCAGAGCAAUGACAUCUUGUGCCACCUCGCCCACAAACACAACCUGUGUGGGGAGACAGAAGAGGAGAACAUUCGCGUGGACAUUUUGGAGAACCAGCUGAUGGACACCCGCAUGCUGCUGGCUACGCUCUGCUACAGCCCUGACUUUGAGAAGCUGAAGCUGGAGUAUCUGCAGGGCCUCCCUGAGAAGCUGAAGCUGCUGGCUCAGUUCCUGGGGAAGCGGCCCUGGUUUGCAGGGGACAAGAUCACCUUUGUGGAUUUUGUUGCUUAUGACGUCAUUGAAAGGAACCAGGUGUUUGAGCCCCGGUGUCUGGAUGCAUUCCCCACCCUGAAGGAGUUCCUAGCCCGCUUUGAGGGCCUGGAGAAGAUCUCUGCCUACAUGAAGUCCAGCCGCUUCCUUCCAAGACCUGUAUUCACCAAGAUGGCCACGUGGGGCAACAAGUAGGGCCAUGAAAGGCCAGGAGACAGGAGGAGCCGUGUCAGCCUGCUACCCAGAACCUGGGGUGAGGGGGCAGCUGGUCCCCCUGUGUCCCUGGCACUGCCUUCUUCCUCUCACUCCCUUCUUAUCCUCAAAGCCUUUUGCUUCUCUUUCCUCUACCUCCUUCCUGUUCCAAAAAUACCCUCUAGCCUCUUCCCCCUCCCCAUGCCAGGGAGUUCCCUCUCUUGUCUUUCCUGUGUUCUGUCUGUCAGUAGCUGUGUCUACUCUGAGGAGCCCGACUGGAUCCCUGGCCUGGAGGUCCAUCCCCAGACUCCUGGAGUCUGAAGGACCAGCACUGCUUGGGGGUAUAAGCCCUGUUCCCCCAUGUAGUUGUUGUUACAACCCUGUCUGCUCCCCAGUAAAGUUUGCAACGUGUUU